AUGGUCGAUGAAGAUGAACACAAUGGUAAACAACGUGGACCACCUGAGAAACCUGUUCUGCAAAGAUACGAAGUCGGAGAGAAUAUUUUCGAAGUUCAAACUCGUUAUCAAUUGCACUAUGCUAUUGGUCAAGGAGCUUAUGGUAUUGUUUGUUCUGCUCAAGAUACUGAUUUGAAUGAAAAGGUUGCCAUCAAGAAGGUUUUUAAUAUUUUCGAACAUGAUAGAGAAUUCCAAAAACGUGUAUUGAGAGAAAUUAAAAUCCUCAAACAUUUUGAUCAUGAAAACAUUAUUUGUUUGACUGAUUUGGUUCCUCCUCGUUCCUAUGAUCACUUUAAAGAUGUUUAUAUUGUAACUGAUUUGAUGGAAACUGACCUGAGACAAAUCAUCAAAUCCGAACAAAAGCUUUCGGAAGAACAUAUUCAAUAUUUCAUUUAUCAAAUUUUGCGUGCAUUGAAGUAUAUGCACUCUGCCAAUGUUCUCCACAGAGAUUUAAAGCCACAAAAUCUUCUUUUAAAUUCUAAUUGUGAACUUAAAGUUUGUGAUUUUGGUUUGUCACGAGGUAUUGAACCACAAAAUCCUGUCAUGUCAACACCUUACGUUGCAACACGUUGGUAUCGUGCUCCUGAACUUCUUCUCAUGUGGGAGCAAGCUACCAAAGCUCUUGACAUUUGGUCAGUUGGAUGUAUUAUGGCUGAACUUUUAGGCAGAAAACCAUUCUUCCCUGGUAACAAUUAUUUGCAUCAAUUAGAUUUGAUUUUGGAUGUUAUGGGAACACCACCAGAUAGUGACGUCAAGGGUUGUGAAAAGGGUGUGACCUAUCUCAAACAAUUACCAAGGAGAAUGGGUAAAGAUUUCCGUCAAAUCUUCCCAAAUGCUUCUCCAAUGGCUUUGGAUUUAUUGAAGAAAAUGUUACAUUUUGACCCAACUAAGAGAAUAACAGUUCAACAAGCUCUCGAACAUCCAUACUUGGCCAAUUUGCAUGAACCAGAGGAUGAACCAGAUUGUCCACCAUUCGAUUUCAGUUUUGAACAAGAAGCCGAACAUGGUGAUCUUAAGAGAAUGCUCUACAAUGAAAUUAUGGAUUGGAACUUGCAAAACAAUAAUCUUGCAGGUGAUGCCUUCAUUGCUGGAGAAUAA